UUUGGUUGUUCCGGGCCUCUGCUGUCAGACAUGCUUACUUUGUCAUUACGCCACACAUUACAGCCCUUCUUCCACAGGGUUUCAGGAUGUUUGGGCCAAGGUCAUCAGAUCACUGUGGAGUCGUGCAGGCGAGGCCUCAGCAGUACCAGUGGGUGGUCAGGACAGGAAAGUCUGGCCCAGGAUGACCCAGAGAUGUGGAGCCUCCUCCAGCAGGAGAAGGACCGGCAGUGUCGGGGGCUGGAGCUCAUAGCAUCAGAGAACUUCUGCAGCCGUGCAGCGCUUGAGGCGCAGGGCUCAUGUCUGAACAACAAAUACUCUGAGGGAUACCCGGGACAAAGGUACUAUGGAGGUGCAGAGAUCGUAGACCAGAUUGAGCUGCUGUGUCAGAAACGAGCGCUUGCUGCCUUUGGUCUGGACCCAGAUUUGUGGGGUGUCAACGUCCAGCCAUACUCCGGCUCCCCUGCUAACUUUGCAGCCUACACAUCUGUGCUGCGGCCUCAUGACCGCAUCAUGGGCCUGGAUCUGCCCGACGGAGGACACCUUACCCACGGCUACAUGACAGAUGCCAAGAGAAUCUCAGCCACCUCCAUCUACUUUGAAUCGAUGCCUUAUAAACUGGAUCCUAAAACAGGUCUGAUAGAUUAUGACCGGCUAGAGAGCACGGCCCGACUCUUCAGACCAAGACUCAUCAUCGCAGGGACCAGUGCCUACGCUCGCCUCAUCAACUACGCUCGCAUGAAGAAGCUGUGUGUGGAGCUGAAUGCCUACCUGCUGGCAGACAUGGCUCAUAUCAGCGGCCUGGUGGCAGCAGGAGCUGUUCCCUCUCCUUUCCAACACGCCGACCUGGUCACCUCCACUACCCAUAAGUCCCUACGUGGAGCAAGGGCUGGUCUGAUCUUCUACCGGAAAGGUGUGCGGUCUGUGGAUAAGAAAGGUCUGGAGGUGACCUAUGACCUCCAGGACAGGGUGAACUUUGCUGUGUUCCCUUCACUUCAGGGAGGCCCUCACAAUCAUGCCAUUGCUGGGGUGGCCGUCGCCCUCAAACAGGCUUCCACUCUCAUGUUCAAACAGUAUAUCGCUCAAGUGCUGCUGAACGCCAAGGCCAUGGCUAACGCUCUGCUGAGGAGAGGCUACACCCUGGUGUCAGGUGGAACGGACAAUCACCUGGUCUUGGUUGACCUUCGACCUCGCGGGAUUGACGGGGCUCGGGCAGAGAGGGUCUUGGAGCUGGUGUCCAUCACUGCCAACAAGAACACCUGCCCCGGAGACAAGAGCGCCCUGACUCCAGGAGGACUCAGGCUUGGAACCCCGGCUCUGACCUCCAGACAGUUCGGCGAGGCAGACUUUGAGAAAGUUGUGGAAUUUAUUGAUGAAGGGAUCCAGAUCGCACUGGAUGUGAAGAAGAAGACUGGAAACCUGGCCAGCUUCAAGUCCUUCCUUCUGGAGGACCCAGAGACAGUGUCACGCGUCACAGAGCUCCGCCAGCGGGUGGAGCUAUUCUCCAGGCCCUUCCCCAUGCCAGGAUUCACUGACCACUGACAACAGCACAGACACAUGUAUCUAUGCUAGUCAUAAAAACAUCAAGUUAGAUCAAAAGAGAAAGGUUUGAUCAAGUGAUGACUCAUAUAAUUUCAGUAUCACAUGUUUAUUAUUUUCUAAUGGCUGUAACAAUAAUGCUAAUGUGUAAUAGUAAUGUAAUAACUUAUUACAAGUGGUCCCAUUAUUUUAUGUAUAACACAUUAUGAUAUAGCAAUAAGCAGAUAUAGCGGUUUUAUAUAUAUAUAUAGUGGUUAAAUAAUUUGUCAACAACUAUAACUCAAUGAAUGGAGGCUAGUGUAUAAAAAGCUAAUAAAUGAUAUAUAGUAAAACACUUAAAUGUGUCCUUACCUACUGCUACAUUAUAUCAUGUUAUAAAUCAUUUAUUAAGUGUUCAUUAACAGCUUAUAAAUGUGAAAUAAGGAGACUUACAGUAAAUUAGUGUUACCUCAGUGUCUUGUGCUCCUGAUGAAGUGAUGUCACAAUAAUGAGAUGAUGUUAAAUUGCAGCAGGUUAUCACAUCAGCAGGUUUAAAUAAAUUAUCUCAUUCAGCAGAACAACUUGUUACACUUUGGCGACUUAUUAGAGUAGGGGACAAAAUUCUCAUCAGCCACUUUGGGAAAUUAUGUUUGAACCUUUUAGAUAUGGAAAAGGAUUGGUUUCGUGCAGGCAAGAGAUGACCAGGUCAGUAAUACUGAUCAUUUCCAUAAAGAUGGAAUUCAUUAAAAACAAAAAAAAUUUAAUAAAAAAAUGUUGCACAGUAGUGUACAUCAUCUGUAGCUGCUGCAGUUUUCACUUGACAGACAGACCACAAGUGUUUUAGGUAAUUGUUUUUUUGUCCCCAAGCUCUUUCUAGAGCUCUCUCUCAACGUUAGGCCCUGGGAAACUCACAGUAGCUGUGUUGGGAAGUGAACUCACGCUCAGUUCACACCCACAAAACUACAAACCAAAAAUCACCCAUAGCUUCACUUUGAUUUGCUCUUGUAAAGGAUUUGUGAAGAGUGUACAAUGUAAAUACAGUAGAUCUUCUUCAGUGUAAUAAAAAGCCAUCCUGAAUGUUUGAUGACUUUCCUUUCAGAGGCUCUCUUGUCACUUGCGUUGGUCUGGCUGUGGGAUGAAAGCCUGCUGCUGUGUAAGAUUUGAUAGAGAGGCAGAUGAUUUAUGUUUACAGUGAAAGGAGGGAAGAGACUCUUCAGAUUAAAUAAACACUGAUCCGUG